AUGAGGAUGAACGCCUAUGAAUCAUCCAAGAUCUAUAAGCAAAAGAUAAAGGCGUAUCAUGACAAGAAGCUACAGAGACAGAACUCCCAACCAGGCCAACAAGUCUUGCUCUUCAAUUCCAGACUCAGGCUAUUUCCAGGAAAGCUAAAGUCAAAAUGGUCAGGGCCGUUCGUGAUCAAAGAAGUAAGACCCCAUGGAUUUGUAGAAUUGGUGGACCCUACAACACAUACACCGGAGAAAAGAUGGAUCGUCAAUGGGGAACGCUUAAAAAUUUACAAUGGAGGCCAGUUAGAAAGAUUAACAAGUGUUGUCUACUUGAACAAUCCAUAA